CGGUUCGAAUGGAGGAGGAAGGGCCCCUGGAGGUGGCUGAGUGAAGUUGGUCGGAAACUUUGCUCUUUGGAAGGGGAAAAAGGAAGGGAGGGGUAGAGUGGGUUCGCAGCGUGAGAAACUGCAGAAGGGAGAAGCCAGCGUGUAGGAGCCCCGGAAGGCACCAUGUCUCACAAAGGAUGCCUCAGCGUCACCAAGUACUUCCUCUUCAUCUUCAACAUCUUCUUCUUUAUUCUUGGAAGCCUCCUCUUCAGCUUUGGUUUAUGGAUACUUUUUGACCAGAAUAGUUUUGCAUCCACCCUAGGGUCAUCACUUUUUGCAUUGAAGAUCUGGUCCUAUAUUUUCUCUGGGGUCGGCAUCCUUACAAUGCUCAUGGGAUUCCUUGGAUGCCUGGGCUCCCUCAAAGAAAUCAAGUGUAUGCUGGGAUUUUACUUUGCCUUUCUGCUGCUUCUCUUCGUUGCUCAGAUCGCCAUUGGAAUUGUGGUGUAUACACAGCGGGACACGAUCCAUGUGACAGUCAGAGACUAUGUUGGUGACAUAAUUCGGAAUUACAAGUUGAAUGGGUCAUUCACAGAUAAGGAGGAGAGCUGGGAUGUUGUGCAAGAGCAGUUCCAGUGCUGUGGAUGGAAUUCUUACGUAGACUGGCGAGAGAACCGUGCAGUGGCCAACAAUGGCUCCUCCAUCUAUCCUUGCUCCUGCCGAAACCAUUCUCAGGCUGGCCAGCCACUGAGCAACAACACAGAGACCCCCAAGCCUCCAAAGCGUGCUGAAGGUUUCUGUGUUGCCCAGGGAGAGUGGCCUGUCUAUAAGGAUGGCUGCAUGGCCAACGUCCAGAACUGGCUUGCCAAUAAUAUCAUCACCAUUGUGGGACUCUGUCUUGGAAUUGCCCUCAUGGAGCUCUUCCUAAUGACGCUAUCGAUGUUUCUGUGUAAGACCAUUGGGCCCAACUACGACAAGCUCGCUCGCUAUUCCUAGGAGACGCAUUUCAGCUUCCUAGAUUCAUCUUUUAAGGGCUGCCUUGGAAGUCACUCCUUCCAGUUCACACAUUCCACCACCGUUUAAAGCAGCGCUUGUAGGGCUGUGAGGUACCUCGAACAGGUUUCUCUACCUAGUUUCAUAUUCACCCUGGUACAAGGUGUGGGUUUGAGUCUACCCUUAUCUUGGUAAAUGAAACCGAAGCCUUCAAAGCCUGCGGGCCCCAACAAGAAACAGAACAUGCCCAAACCUGCCAAGUUCUUCAUAGAACAACAUGGGACUCCUGAUUCACCGGCAAAGCCCUUUCCCCCCAAAAUAUACAGACUGUCUCCAAAGUCAGAUCAGUAUCCCCGCACUGUGAUGCUAUUUUGUAUUUUAAUGACCACCUGAGACGGAGCCUGUUUCAGCAUGAAGAAAACUUGUCUGUUUCAUAGCAAGGUAUCACUGUUGGUCCCUGAUGGUUUACCGAAUUUAAACUGGGAAGCUGCGGAACAGGACAUCUCAAAUGUGUAUACACACAUCAGUAUUUUAAAGUCAGAGUGGGGUCAGCUGCUAGUGUUUUUACCCAGUCAUCUACCAUGAUUAGCAGGUGGGGGGAUUUUCCCUCUCUUGCAGUCAGGAGCCGGUAACCUUCCAUCCUUAACUUUUGCUAUUGAGAUGAAAUCUAAUUUUUAACACAUAUAUUUUAAAUAGGUGACAUUCCAGUGAGAGGCAGUACAACACACAGGACAAUGACAACCUAGCUGGUGAGCCUUGCUUUUAAAUGGGAACGCUGAGGCAUUUGCUGGGCUCCUUAUUUGGUACUCGGGCUUCUGUGCACUGCUUUGACAGUGACAGGAGGUUUAUCUGAGAACUUGUGAAUGUGUCCCAGUCUGGGUCCAGUACAUUGUAAGAAACCUCUCCUUAAUGCCAUGCCAAUGCCUAAUGUCUUGACCUCAGCCUGACUUACCCAGCAGCAGUAGGAAAAUGGUUCGAGUGCCCCAGUUUAAACUUCACCUUCUAGUUUCCUACAGCCAUCUCUAAACAUUCCUAGUUGUAAGCCCCCUCCUCCCCAUAUUUCUCCUGUUUUCCUUUUAUAAUUGCCGUUAUGCAUGUUAAGAUUAUUGGAUUUGUCACGGAGGUUUUCCAUCAUGUUUUUGUUCCAUCACGGCCCCUUGGCUAAGCUUUUAACCAUGCAUGCACUCUCACAACUCCUUGUGUAUUCAGGAGCUCCCAGGGAUAGUCAGCUCCCACAGAAACAACAGGUUCUCCCCAGGGCUUUUUUUGUAGAAGGAACUCUUUUGCAUAUUAGGCCACACACUCUGAUGUAGCCAAUCCUCCUGGAACUUACAAUAGGCCCUGUAAGCUCUUGGAGGAUUGGCUACAUCAGGGGUGUGUGGCCUAACAUGCAAAGGAGUUUCUGCUACAAAAAAACCCCUUGGUUCUUCCUCUGAUUAAGCAGAUCAGCCACCACACUCUUAAUAGGGGCGAGACCAUAACCUGGAUGAUACAGGGGAAAGCCUUUUCUUACACAGGCUAUGUGUGCACUGGUGCUAGCCCAGAGACUUGGAUAGGGCCUUGCGCUCCCGUAUCAUGGUCUUGGCCAGUGUAUGGCCUGCUCUUGUUGAGCUCCAGGCUAGGGUGAGCAACUGUUUGUCAAGCUUUUGUCCUUUGUCUACCUUAAUAUCUACACAGUGACAGAUGCACAUACAUGUAAAAGUCAAGGUAUGAACAGAUGCAUGUAAUCAUGAAGAGUUGAGAUGGUGGAAUUGUGAAAGGACCACACAGGUUUUGAAUGGAUAGGGGGUAGAACAGGGUAUGUAUUAUCAUUUCACCUUUCUUUUUAGCUGGUUUCUGUUAUUUUAACAGUAUUUGGAUUUUUUUGUAACGUAUUCAUUUGUAAAUUAAAAAAAUAGAUCCACAAAUAA